UCUCCCCUCACCUCUCUCGUUCUGCCCUCUCUUUCGCCUGCCAUUCCCUUUGCCUCUCUGUUGACGGCGACGGGAAGGGCGGUGAAACUCGCCGGCGACCUCUCUCUCUCUCUCUCUCUCUCUCUCUCUCUCUCUCUCUCUUUCUUGAUCUUUCUCUUCCCAUCUGAAAGAAGAAAGCGAACCAAAAAUAAAAAAAAACAAAGAACAAACCAUUCCCUCUCUCUUCUCUUUCUCACUCUCCCUCAUCUGAUUUGUUUCGUCCUCCCUCUACCAAGAGAAUCACCAAAGCCAGUCGAAGACCCUUGUCUUAUUCCUGCUUCUCCUCUCUUGGCUGCCGCCAUUCCCAUUAUCUUUCUCGCUCUCGCUUCGCCGUCAGUCGCCCAAAUCUGACCGGGAAAUCCUAGAUCUAGGGACGAGGAAAAGGGGGUCUCUUGAGGAGAAGAGGACUCACCGCCGGAGACAGGAGAAGACUCGGUGACGACCAGGUUGAGGGACAACCGACGGUAGGUUCAGCUCGGUUUUUUUUUGGUUUAUUGGGUUAUAACAUUUUUUUGUUUCGGUCAAGUAGAGGAUGAGGAGGUGGCCUCGACGGCGAGGGAGAUCCGGCAGUCAAGCGACGGAAAGGAGUAAACCUAGGAAAAGCUUUUUUUAUCGACCUAGGCUCGAUGUUUUCUUUUUCUUGUUAUCAUUUAUUCUGAUUGUUUCGAUUUUUUGUUUUUGCUUCCGAGGAAGAAAAGGUGAAGGUCGCCGGUGGCUGGUGAACUACCUACCGACGAGUAUAGGUUCGGGUACACAAUUUGUUUGGGCUCAAAGUAGGAGGGCAUUGACUUCAAUUUUUUGAGCCUAAUCUGUUUAGCGUUGUUAUUGUAAUUAGUUUAUUGUAAUUAGUUUUGAUAAUUUAUUAUGGUGUCAUUACUGUGAUGUACAAUGUAUCGAAUCUGAUAAUGCAGUU